AUGGUCGGGGCCGGUGGCCGCCUACCGGCAAGCACCGCCGUCGCCGCGCCAGCGGUGAUUUGCUCCUCGUCGGCAGUCGCCGUCACCCCGCCGGCCGUGCUCCAACAGCAACAGCAACAAAAUCAUCAGCACCUGCAACAGAUGCAACAACAGCAACAGCAACAGCACGCGCCGCCCGAUUACACUUCGGUGGCCAUCGAAAAGCUGCUCCAUUCCAUAUGGGACACCAAAGUCAACGACAUCAUGGCGGCCAUCAACCACUUGGGUUUGGUCUAA